AUGCUGAAUAUAAAACAUUUAUUUAAAAUUAGGAAUUCUUUAAUUAUUCAAUAUGGGUUUAAGAACUACCAUGCUCGAGUUAAAACAAACCUGCAACAUAGAAACAUAGACAAAGUUUUGAUAGCUAAUCGAGGAGAAAUUGCAUGUAGGGUUAUGCGAACUGCAAAGAAAUUGGGAAUAAGAACUGUUGCUGUGUAUUCUGAUGCUGACAAAAAUGCAAUGCACGUGGCAAUGGCUGAUGAAGCUUACCACAUUGGUCCUGCUCCAUCGUCUCAGAGUUAUCUUAAUGCAUCAAAAAUAUUAGAAGUUGCAAACAAAUCAAAUAGCCAAGCUAUUCACCCUGGAUAUGGCUUUCUUUCUGAAAAUGUGGAGUUUUGUGAGAAAUGUGCAAAUGAAGGAGUAAUUUUUAUAGGACCUCCUCCUUCUGCAAUAAGAGAUAUGGGUAUAAAAAGCACAUCAAAAGCCAUAAUGUCCAGUGCUGGCGUUCCAAUAGUUAAGGGUUACCACGGUGAAGAUCAAAGUGUUGAGAGGUUACAAGCUGAAGCACACAAGAUUGGUUUUCCUUUAAUGAUAAAGGCAGUACGUGGAGGAGGAGGAAAGGGCAUGCGAAUAGCAAUGACUGAAGGCGAAUUUUUGUCACAAUUAGAAUCUGCAAAGAGAGAAUCCUUAAAGUCUUUUGGUGAUGAAAGCAUGCUAUUGGAGCAAUACAUAACAGAUCCUAGACAUGUAGAGGUGCAGGUUUUUGCAGACAUGUAUGGAAACGCAGUACAUUUAUUUGAAAGGGAUUGCUCUGUGCAAAGACGUCAUCAGAAAAUUAUAGAAGAAGCACCUGCACCAGGAUUAUCAGAGGACACUAGACGGGCAUUGGGAGAGGCGGCUGUACGAGCGGCAAAAGCCGUAGGCUAUGUUGGUGCUGGCACGGUAGAGUUUAUAUUGCACCGAGUAACUCACGACUUCCAUUUCAUGGAAAUGAACACACGUUUGCAAGUCGAACACCCCAUUACUGAGAUGAUUACAGGUACAGAUCUAGUAGAAUGGCAGCUGAGAGUAGCAGCUGGGGAGCCUUUGCCAGUGAAACAAGAGGACAUUGUGAGACGGGGCCACGCAGUCGAAUGCCGCAUUUACGCUGAAGAACCUAGGGCUGGUUUUCUACCUCGCGCUGGCACUUUGCAUAGAUUGACUCAGCCUACACCUGAGGAAUUUGUUCGAGUGGAGACAGGCGUGCGCGAAGGACAAGAAGUUUCAGUUCACUACGACCCUAUGAUUGCAAAGCUUGUUGUGUGGGGUCAGGAUCGCAAUGAAGCUUUAGCCAAAACCAGAAGAAAACUUUCUGAGUAUCAAGUAGCAGGAUUGGAGACAAACGUGAAUUUCUUGCUGCGUCUGAGUGGCGCCAGUGCGUUCGUGGCGGGCGACGUGCAUACCGCCUUCAUACAACAACACGAGCGCGAGCUGUUCCCCGACACGGACUUGGUACUUGGCGAACAGCGCGCCAUACAAGCCGCCCUCGGAUAUCUCAUCAAAUCGCAGCUCUCGGCUUCUGUAAACGACACAUGGAAAGGCAUAUCGGUUACGCCGAUUGCUUGGAGACCGAACUAUCAACUGCGAAGGACAGUCAAUUUUAAAUUCGAUGAUAAAGAUGUCAAAGUAAACAUUGAAUAUGAUAGCACCCCUAAUACAUACAAAGUCCAAGUGGACGACGGCGAGUGGAAACAUGUGGAAGCGUCCCUCAAGCAUACAGACCAAGGGCUACGUUUGAUCAUUAAAGUCGACGACAAAACCAGCAAUGUUGGACUCUUGACUUACGAUCAAGAAGUUCAUAUUUAUGAUGAGAAUGGACAAACAGUAGUACAUCUCCCCCGACCUAAGUACCAAACGAUCACCAGUGGGGACGCUGGCGCUUCUUCAAAUAGUGCCAGUUCGCCGACGCCAGGCGUUUUGGAGAGGAUACUCGUCAAUAAAGGAGACAAAGUGGUUAAAGGUCAACCACUCUUCGUCGUGAUCGCCAUGAAGAUGGAAUACGUCGUACGUUCGCCGCGAGAUGGCGUUGUGGCGUCGGUCGCCUCGGUCAAACAAGGCGACGCUGUCGGCAAGGGCGCCCAGAUAGUCGUGCUUGAAGGAGAAAGUUGA